CUGGUCGCCACGUCUGGUCGUGACAGGGUUCGCCGGAAGCCGCAAUUCACGCGUGAACAAGGGUCGCCGGAAUUCUUCGCGAGAUGGAGGCGGCGCUGGGCAGCGACUCAAGGCGUGGGAGGAGAGCGGGUUGUGGCGUUGCUGGGGUCUCGUCGCAGAGGGCUCGCGACUGGUUCUGAUCGAAAUUCGCAGGUCCACUCGGAGGAUACUCGCCGGCGAGAGGCUCGCGGCAUCAGAUUUGCAGAGACUGCGCGGCGGAGGGGCUCGCCGGCGAUUGGUCUGCGCGUCGCUCGGAGGAUGGCGAAGGAGGAGAUGACGAGAUGA